GGACCCAUCGCCCAACGUCAGCGGCGCUACGGGGGUUCAGUGUAACGCAGCUGACGCAACUCCGGAGAGCCGGGACGUAGACGGAAGAAAAGGCGGAGGAGAGGGCGGCCGCCGCGGAGAGCGGGCCAGGGCUGGGGUCGGCGGCCAGCAGGUGUUUGGAUUUGUGACCACAUCUCAACAUGUUGAGACAUGUGCAACGCUCUGGCCUCCAGGCCUUCAGCCAACGUCUGCUACCGUGGGUCCAGUCCAUAGCUCUGCCCAGAUCUCAUCGCGUUCAGCCUUCAGCUAUUAGACAUGUUCGUUCCUGGAGCAACAUCCCCUUUAUCACGGUACCCCUCAGUCGUGCUCAUGGCAAGCCCUUUGCCCACCGAAGCGAGCUGAAGCACGCCAAGAGAAUUGUAGUGAAACUCGGCAGUGCCGUGGUGACCAGAGGAGAUGAGUGUGGCCUGGCACUGGGGCGCCUGGCGUCCAUUGUCGAGCAGGUCUCGGUGCUGCAGAAUCAGGGCCGAGAGAUGAUGCUGGUGACCAGUGGAGCGGUCGCCUUUGGCAAGCAGCGCCUGCGCCACGAGAUCCUUCUGUCUCAGAGCGUGCGGCAAGCCCUGCACUCAGGACAGAACCAUCUGAAGGAGAUGGCAAUUCCAGUCUUAGAGGCCCGAGCCUGCGCAGCCGCUGGACAGAGUGGGCUGAUGGCCUUGUAUGAGGCCAUGUUUACACAGUACAGCAUCUGUGCUGCCCAGAUUUUGGUGACCAACCUGGAUUUCCACGACGAGCAGAAGCGCAGAAAUCUCAACGGGACACUACACGAGCUGCUUCGGAUGAACAUCGUCCCCAUUGUCAACACCAACGACGCCGUUGUCCCCCCAGCCGAGCCCAACAGUGAUCUUCAGGGGGUAAAUGUGAUUAGCGUUAAGGACAACGAUAGCCUAGCUGCCCGUCUGGCCGUGGAGAUGAAAACUGACCUCUUGAUUGUCCUCUCAGAUGUGGAAGGCCUCUUUGACAGCCCCCCAGGCUCAGAUGAUGCAAAACUGAUUGAUAUAUUCUACCCGGGAGAUCAGCAGUCUGUGACGUUUGGAACCAAGUCUAGAGUGGGCCUAGGGGGCAUGGAAGCCAAGGUGAAAGCCGCCCUCUGGGCUUUGCAAGGCGGCACUUCUGUCGUCAUUGCCAACGGAACCCACCCCAAGGUGUCUGGGCACGUCAUCACAGACAUCGUGGAGGGAAAGAAAGUUGGCACCUUCUUUUCAGAAGUAAAGCCUGCUGGCCCUACGGUGGAGCAGCAGGGGGAGAUGGCUCGAUCUGGAGGGAGAAUGCUGGCCACCUUAGAGCCUGAACAGAGAGCUGAAAUUAUCAAUCAUCUGGCUGACCUGCUGACGGACCAGCGGGAAGAGAUCCUGUUAGCCAACAAAAAAGACUUGGAGGAAGCAGAGGGAAGACUUGCAGGACCCCUGCUGAAGCGUCUCAGCCUCUCCACGUCUAAACUGAACAGCCUGGCCAUCGGGCUGCGGCAGAUCGCAGCCUCCUCUCAGGAGAGCGUAGGCCGUGUCCUGCGCCGGACUCGGAUUGCCAAAAACCUGGAGUUAGAACAAGUGACCGUCCCCAUAGGUGUUUUACUGGUGAUCUUUGAGUCUCGUCCUGACUGUCUACCCCAGGUGGCAGCCUUGGCCAUUGCGAGUGGCAACGGCUUGUUGCUCAAAGGCGGGAAGGAGGCUAUGCACAGCAACCGCAUUCUUCACCUCCUGACCCAGGAGGCCCUCUCCAUUCAUGGAGUCAAGGAGGCCAUACAGCUGGUAAACACCAGGGAAGAAGUGGAAGAUCUCUGCCGCCUGGACAAAAUAAUUGACCUGAUCAUCCCUCGAGGCUCCUCCCAGCUGGUCAGAGACAUCCAGAAAGCUGCCAAGGGGAUCCCAGUGAUGGGCCACAGCGAAGGGAUCUGCCACAUGUACGUGGAUUCCGAAGCCAGCGUGGACAAGGUCACCCGACUUGUCAGAGAUUCCAAAUGUGAGUACCCAGCUGCCUGUAAUGCCCUGGAGACUUUGCUCAUCCACCGAGAUCUGCUGAGAACACCCUUAUUUGACCAGAUCAUUGACAUGCUCAGAGUGGAACAGGUAAAAAUUCACGCAGGCCCCAAGUUUGCCUCCUACCUGACCUUCAGCCCCUCAGAAGUGAAGUCACUCCGGACGGAGUACGGGGACCUGGAAGUGUGCAUCGAAGUGGUGGACAGCGUCCAGGAAGCCAUUGAUCACAUCCAUAAGUACGGCAGCUCCCACACAGAUGUCAUCAUCACCGAGAACGAGAAAACAGCCGAAUUCUUCCUCCAGCACGUGGACAGUGCCUGCGUGUUCUGGAACGCCAGUACCCGCUUCUCUGAUGGCUACCGCUUUGGACUGGGAGCUGAAGUAGGAAUCAGUACAUCACGAAUCCACGCCCGGGGACCAGUAGGACUCGAGGGAUUGCUAACUACUAAGUGGUUGCUUCGAGGGCAAGACCACGUGGUCUCAGACUUCUCAGAGCACGGAAGGCUAAAGUAUCUUCACGAGAACCUCCCUGUCCCCCAGAGACAUUUCAGCUGAGAGGAGCCAGUCAGUCAGGACUGUUCCGUACAGUCUGGCACAUGUAGGCCACUCGAGGAUCUCCAGAGAGAACCUGAUCUCAUCCCCCACUUCUUGGAAGGGUCUGCCUUCUGGACAGUUCACCUAUGCUUCUGGCUCAACUCAGCCUGUCCAACCUUAGCUAAUGUUCACACUCCAUUCUGGCCUCCUUGUGUGUGUCUGUCUCUGUUACUGGGGCUGAAUCUAGGGCCUGGCACAUGCUAGGCAAAUGAUCCACCGUCACACGUCUCCCUGGCCUGCAGUCUCAGGAAGAGAAUCAUUGUCGGAGGCAGAGGCUUGGCUUUUCCCAGUCUGUUCACACCACAGGUAGAAACUAAGGGAUGCAUCUAACAUCAGAGACAACGGGAAGUCCUGUCUGCUGUGACACCUCAGUGAGGGAGUCUCUCGGCAUUUGACUGGGCCAGCCUUGCCGGUCCUCAGCCUCUCGACAUGUAAUUCCAUCUCUUUUAUGUCUGCUCAUCCUCAGAAGGGGAGACUGGGAAUUCUUAAGGAAGGGUGACUCCUUAAAACCUUUAACAUUUUCAUUGGAAACGGAGACUAAAACAGACCGACCUACAUCCACCGGGAAGAUGACCUUUGUGGCUGUGAAGUUAUGGGUGUACAUCUUAUACAUCUACAGUCUGUCCCUGGCCCGGGGACACAGGGUACCUUCAAGGUAAUUGGGAUCUGAGCGUCACGCUGGAGGGAUGAAUUUCAGGAUGUCCCUACAAGUGGGAGGAAGAUCUGCAAUUAUUGCUUGACCUUUUUACGUGAAUUCUUUCGUCAUCCUAUUCUUGACCUCCUGGACAAAGACUAGAGAUUAUUUUAAUACUUUAGAUUCUUUCCCCAUUUUUUGAGAAAUAAAGUUCUUACAAAAGUCCACAUGCA